AUGCUGCAUCUGGAAAAUUCUUGGACCUCUCUGUCCAUUACGCUGCUAACAUUUCUGAUUUUGAAACCAUCAAAAUCAAGUUAUUUAGCUGACUUCAAGCCAAAUAUUGUUCUUUUAGUAGCAGAUGAUCUUGGUAUUGGAGACAUAGGCUGCUAUGGUAACAAUACAAUAAGGACACCAAAUAUUGACAGCCUUGCAAAUGAAGGAGUGAAACUUACUCAGCACAUAGCGGCAGCUUCUGUUUGUACUCCCAGCAGAGCUGCUUUCUUAACUGGAAGAUACCCUAUUCGAUCAGGCAUGGCUUCCAAUAAUGGCCUUCCUGUUCUUCAAUGGACUGGAGCAUCUGGAGGGCUCCCUUCCAAUGAAACAACUUUUGCAAAGAUACUACAAAAAGAAGGCUAUGCUACUGGAUUUGUAGGAAAAUGGCACCUGGGACUCAGUUGUGAAUCCAGAACUGACCACUGUCAUCAUCCAUUGAACCAUGGUUUUGACUUUUUUUAUGGAAUGCCGUUUUCCUUAAUGGGUGAUUGUGAAUACUCAGUACUAUCUGAGAAGCGUGCAAAACUGGAGAUGAGACUCUACUUUUAUAUUCAGAUCAUAGUCCUGGCUAUAUUUACAUUUACCAUUGGUAGGUUCACUGGCAUAUUGUCAGUUCCAUGGAAGAUAACCAUAGGCAUUGCCAUCAUUGGUUUCCUACUUUUUCUGACAUGGUACUUCCUUCAUAUCUUGAUUAAGUAUGGAGACUGUUUUCUGAUGCGAAACCAUACUAUUACUGAACAACCAAUGAUCUUCAAAAGAACUACCUCCCUUAUACUGAAAGAAGCAGUUUCAUUUAUUGAAAGGAACAAGCAUGGGCCUUUCCUCCUCAUCCUUUCCUUCUUACAUGUACACACACCACUUGUUACUACAGAGAAGUUUCUUCAAAGUAGCAAUCAUGGAUUAUAUGGGGAUAAUGUAGAGGAGAUGGACUGGAUGGUGGGUGAAGUUCUUGAGGCUUUGAACAAUGAAGGUCUGACCAAAGGUACACUGGUUUAUUUUACUUCUGACAAUGGUGGGUCUUUAGAGUCUCAGAUAGGAAGUGAACAGCAUGGUGGCUGGAAUGGAAUAUAUAAAGGAGGCAAAGGCAUGGGAGGCUGGGAUGGUGGCAUUCGGGUCCCAGGGAUUUUGCGGUGGCCUGGAGUCUUACCAGCAGGUCGUGCGAUUGAUGAACCCACAAGUCUGAUGGAUAUCUACCCAACAGUGGCUCAUUUGGGAGGGGGUGAAGUGCCCCAAGAUAGAGUGAUUGAUGGCCGAGACCUGAUGCCUCUACUUCAGGGAGAAGUUCACCAAUCAGAUCAUGAGUUCAUGUUUCAUUAUUGUGACUCAUAUUUGCAUGCAGUUCGGUGGCAUCAAAAGGACAGUGGUACAGUGUGGAAAGUACAUUACGUGACCCCAAUAUUCCACCCAGAGGGUUCUGGUGCCUGCUAUGGAAGAGGAGUCUGCCCGUGCUUUGGAAAGGGUGUAACUCACCAUGACCCACCUUUGCUGUUUGACCUCUCAAGAGAUCCUUCUGAGGCUAACCCCCUUUCACCUGACACUGAGCCCCUAUUUGGUUCAGUAAUUGAAAGAGUAGCGCAUGCUGUACAAGAACAUCAGGCUACACUAACACCAGUUCCACAGCAGCUCAGCACUCUUAAUAACAUCUGGAAACCAUGGCUUCAGCCAUGUUGUGGCACAUUCCCAUUGUGUUGGUGUGAUUUGGAAGAAGACCACAAAUAAGAGAAUGUUAGGAGUGUAUAAGUGACAAAAAUCCUUUCAUAUGUUGACUUGAGUUUCAUAUGGAGAACCACUGUAAAAUUGCCAAUGUAAAAAGUGGUAUCCAAAAUAAAAUGCAGUACUUUAAAAUGUCCACUAACUAAUUUCUUAAUACUCUAAAACUCACAACACUGCAAAGCACAGAAUCCUAUAGGAUUUAUAAAUGAUCUG